AUGACGGGUAGUGUAUUCAUUCGUCCCUGUGGCCCAAGUCGUCGACGUGUGACCUUACUGGAAUUACGGCCGCCUGAAAACUCGCGUCGUCUCCUUGACAAAAGCCUCGGCCAAUCAUAUGACCUUUUGCCUUUUUCAGUACUUUCCCAUCGACAAUCGACAAAUCCACCUUCUUCUCUCGGUCUGCAUUCCCCUGCCAAAUCUGUCGACCUCACUCUUCGCGAGUUCUUAUCGCGAGGAACAUUGGGAGAUUUCCUCUCAGGUCAUCAAGAUUUUCUAUCUUUCGUGGCUUUCUCCAACGACCUCCAGCACGUACAACUCCUACACCAUAAGAUUUCACUCACACAAUUUAUAGCUACUUCCUUUUAUUUAUUUUUCUUUCUUCCUCUUCUUUCUUUUCUUUCUUUCUUUCUUUUUCUUUUUCUUCUUCUUCUCACUAUUGUAUUAAUUCUGUCUUUCUCUUGUCGUUGCAUUUUUCAUUCCUUUUCUUUCUUCUUCAUCUUCUUUCUUUCGUUUUCUUUUUUUCUUUCUUCCUCUUCUCCUUCUCCUUUCUUUUUCUCGUUUUCUUUCUUUUUUCUUAAUCUUCUUCUUUCUUCGUCUUUUCUUUUUCUUCUUUCUUCUUCUUUCUUUUUUCUUCUUCUUCCUCUUUUUUCUUCUUCUUCUUCUCUUUUUGCUUUAUAUCAUUUCAAUUUUUCUUCUUCCUCUUCUUCUUCAUUUUUCUUUCUUUCUUUUUUUCUCUUUCUUUUUAUUCCAUUUCUUUCUUUUUUCAUUUUCCUUUUUCUUUAUUUAUCUAAUUUUCUCCACUUUUUCUUUUUUCUUUCUUUCUUCAACUUUGUUUCUUUCUUUCUUUCUUUCUUUCUUUCUUUAUUUCUUAAUAAUUUCUUUUUCUUUUUUAUCGCAUUUCUUUCUUUUUUAAUUUUCUCAUUUUCUUUCUUUCUAUCUUUCUUUCUUAAAUUUCUUUUUUUUUUCUGA